AUGCGCGCGGAUGCUGGUGAAUCUUUGGAAGUGAGGACGCAGGGGGAGAUGAAGAAACAGGAAAGUGACUAUACAGAACAGGGAAGUGACUAUACAGUACAGGAAAGUGACUAUACAGAACAGGAAAGUGACUAUACAGUAGAGGAAAGUGACUAUGCAGAACAGGAAAGUGACUAUACAGAACAGGAAAGUGACUAUACAGAACAGGAAAGUGACUAUACAGAACAGGAAAGUGACUAUACAGUACAGGAAAGUGACUAUACAAUACAGGAAAGUGACUAUACAGAACAGGAAAGUGACUAUACAGUACAGGAAAGUGACUAUACAGAACAGGAAAGUGACUAUACAGAACAGGAAAGUGACUAUACAGAACAGGGAAGUGACUAUACAGUACAGGAAAGUGACUAUACAGUAGAGGAAAGUGACAAUACAGAACAGGAAAGUGACUAUACGGUAGAGGAAAGUGAUUAUACAGUAGAGGAAAGUGACAAUACAGAACAGGAAAGUGACUAUACAGAACAGGAAAGUGACUAUACAGAACAGGAAAGUGACUAUACAGUAGAGGAAAGUGACCAUACAGAACAGGAAAGUGAAUAUACAGUACAGGAAAGUUACUAUACAGACCAGGAAAGUGACUAUGCAGAACAGGAAAGUGACUAUACAGAACAGGAAAGUGACUAUACAGUACAGGAAAGUUAUUGUACAGAACAGAAAAAUGACUAUGCAGAACAGGAAAGUGACUAUACAGAACAGGAAAGUGACUAUACAGUACAGGAAAGUUGCUAUACAGAACAGAAAAAUGACUAUACAGAACAGAAAAAUGACUAUACAGUAGAGGAAAGUGACUAUACAGAACAGGAAAGUGACUAUACAGAACAGGAAAGUGACUAUACAGAACAGGAAAGUGACUAUACAGAACAGGAAAGUGACUAUACAGUAGAGGAAAGUGACUAUACAGAACAGGAAAGUGACUAUACAGAACAGGAAAGUGACUAUACAGUACAGGAAAGUGACCAUACAGAACAGGAAAGUGACUAUACAGAACAGGAAAGUGACUAUACAGAACAGGAAAGUGACUAUACAGUACAGGAAAGUGACUAUACAGUACAGGAAAGUGACUAUACAGAACAGGAAAGUGACUAUACAGAACAGGAAAGUGUCUAUACAGAACAGGAAAGUGACUAUACAGAACAGAAAAGUGACUAUACAGUACAGGAAAGUGACUAUACAGAACAGGAAAGUGACUAUGCAGAACAGGAAAGUGUCUAUACAGAACAGGAAAGUGACUAUACAGAACAGAAAAGUGACUAUACAGUACAGGAAAGUAACUAUACAGAACAGGAAAGUGACUGUACAGUACAGGAAAGUGACUAUACAGUACAGGAAAGUGACUAUACAGAACAGGAAAGUGACUAUACAGAACAGGAAAGUGACUAUACAGUACAGGAAAGUGACUAUACAGAACAGGAAAGUGACUAUACAGAACAGGAAAGUGACUAUACAGAACAGGAAAGUGAUUGUACAGUACAGGAAAGUGACUGUACAGUACAGGAAAGUGACUAUACAGUGCAGGAAAGUGACUAUACAGAACAGGAAAGUGACUAUACAGAACAGGAAAGUUAG